AUGACACCGCAAGCCAACCCGAACUCAUCGCAGUCCACCAUCAACACUGUGGAGCGCGAGAUCCGCGCGGUCGGCGGAUGUGCUGCAACGGUCACCGUUGACGUGCGUGACGCUGCACAGAUCAAGCAUGCCAUCGAGGAGACGUUGCGCAUUUUUGAUAAGCUGGAUGUGCUUUUGUACAACUCCAGCGCGAUCUGGUGGUCGGCUGUGGAGAAUUCGCCUCUAAAGCGAUUCAAGCUUAUGCAGCAGGUGAACCUAGGGAAAAUUUAUGCGACUGUCCAGGCUGCUUUGCCUUUCUUUGAGAAAUCGAGCUGGAAUGGGCGCAUUGUGGUCUAUUAG